AUGGACAAGGACCAGCCCCAUCAUGUGUCCGAGCCGUUGCUGCCGAGUUGUGCGCUGUCGGCUCUGUGGGUGGGCGUGCCGGCUCGCUACCAGGGGCUGGCGGAUGCAUCUAGAGACUACCAGCCUGGCCGCGAGUACAUGGCCUUCCUGCAGAAUCUCCCAACGCAACCUAAUCGAGCCGGAUCACAGCAUUCAUUGUUGAGAAGCGACAAAUCCGUCGACGACCUGUCGUCCCAAGGCGAAAGCUCCUCGGUGACGGCGUCGCGACGGAACGCCCUCAAUCCGGAUGACACCUGCGCCCUUCCGGAUACCCGACGACAUAAGAAGACGAGCUCAGCAGGCCGCUUCUUCGAAACAGCUGAACUCUCGGAGGCUGCUGCCAGCCACGAGUGGUCCCGAUCUCCACGACCGGCCAAAUGUAGCCACUGCGACACCUUAUCAAUCCUAUUUACGCUGACGUGUACUCGAUGCGGGCUCAAUUGGCAUAAGAAUUGUUUCCCGAAAGUAACCCUCGCCUGUGGCCAAGGCUCCCGCUCUCCCACGGAGCGGCGCGUGUCCAUGUUUGGUGUCAGCUUGCAGAAGCAGUUGGAAGAGCAGCGCCGUGAGAUUCCCCUAAUCCUGGCAGAUGUCGUUGACGAGAUUCAGAGACGGGGGAUCCAGAUGAAGGGUCUGUACCGACUCUGCGGAGCUAAAUCAAAGAUUGAGGAGAUAUGCGAGUUGUUUGAAAGACACACCGGCGAUUCCCAUAUUCCCCUCGACGAUGCUCACCCGGUCAAUUUGACGAGCGUCGUCAAGUGGUAUCUGCGCAAAUUGCCCGAGCCGCUCAUGACGUUCGAGCUGCAUCCAACUUGGAUACGAUUCGGACAGAAAUUCUCCUCCGGCACCGUUGACGAGUCGCAAAUUGCCGACCUUGCCGCCGCCAUUGCCCAACUACCAAAAGCCAACUACGAGACGCUCCGAUUCUUGACGUUACAUUUGAAUAGGGUAUCCUGGUUUUCCUCGAGCAACUUGAUGACGCCAUCCAAUCUUUCUACCGUAAUCUCGCCAUCGCUGUGCUGGCCGCAGUAUUGUAAGUUCCAGAUGAAGAGCCAGAGCCCGACCCAAGCCAACUCGGCGAUCCAAGAAGCCCAGUAUGCCUCCAAGGCCAUUGAAAUCCUAAUCGCCAAUGCACAUUCUAUCUUUAACGUGGAUCGUGCAAAGGACCGAGCGGAAUUCUUCAUGAAAUACCCACAGGAAGAGCCGAGCCUUGCCGAAGAUAUGGUCGGGGAUGAGGAGGAGGAAAAGGAAGAAGAAUGCGCCGAGCUCGACGACGACUCAUUUUCCGUCCAACAGCCCCCAACCCCAGACUUGUUAAAAAGCGCCCGAAAGAAGAACUGCGCCCCACCAAGCGAAUGUGGGAGCGAGGAGAGCGCCGUCGAGUUGUUCCCCGCCCGAGAAUCUGGCAGCAGAGACCAAAAGGGAGAGCAGUACACGACAUGUAUAAUCGUUGCCUCGUCAGCUCCACCUACUCCUCAUCCAUCGCAGCAGAGGCCGGUUCCGGUCCGGAAAAAUGUGUCCGUAGGGUUGGAGAGGAGCAACUAUGCCUGCGGUGAGGUGCAGCUCAACCUCGCCGAGGGCCAAUAUUUCGUGCCGGAGAACGGGCUUCAAAACACGGCGGAGCACAGCCCGGCGGGGAAGAGCACCAACUCUGUCUUCGACUACGGUAACAGCUCGGGCUACAGUACCUCUGAAUGCUCGCGAGAGUCCGAGUCGCGCUCCUCUUCGCAGCGCGGGAGCAAGAAGUCCACGGAGCUGUUCCCGAAGGACAAGGGCGUCAGCUACGUC